AUGGCCAUCACGGUGCAGCUGGUUCUCGCUUCCACGGGGCAUAGCCUUCCAAUGACGGUGUAUCAGGAAGAGACAACACCCCACACCACCUGUCAACUAUCCUCGAUCCCUGUGUUGCGCUCCCAGAAGGUAUUCGUAUCGGAUCUGGUGCUUCUUAUACGCAAUUGCAGGUCCGCAUCGAUGGCAGAUUGUCACCCCUCAUCGGAAGGGUGGAAGUACAUAGAAUGCUUUGACUACACGUCGCUGCGGCCGUUGCGACCCAACGAAGCAAUAGCGGACAAACAAAAACUUCUGGUCUUCACUCCGCUUUUAUUGAGCGAAGCCCUACUGGAACAAUACUCCUCGACUAAGGAACACUCUCAUCGUACAAAGUCCAAGGUGGACAUGGAAGAGGAGCGCUGGCUCAACCUCAAACAGGCGAUUGCAGCGCUUGCUGUGCCGCUGAAACUCCAUCGAGAACAAAUGGAACGGCAGAUGGAUUUAUGCGUGAAGAAAGUUAACGAGACGGCCCCGCGCUUCCAUGCGGCGAAAGAGGGCAUAAGCCAUGCCUUAGAAAAAAUAAAAGACAUAAAGGUUUUUAAUGACCCCGAUUUUUCAUUGAUAGCCCUUGUAGAUGCCAGUGAAAUUGAGACCGCCGUUGAACAGGGAGAAGUGAAGCUUCAACGAGCGUUAAGGUACCUUAAAGAAGCGCAGACGAUGGCACCGAGUGUUUUGGACGCCAUUAGCAAGGAAGUUGAACUUGGAAACAGUAUUCAGACAACGUCGGCUUGGCACAGUUACAAAACAACUGAGCAAGCCGAUGGCUGCUCAGCCGUAUCUGCGUUGAUGCUGGAGGUAAAGCGAAGGGUCGACGCGGUGCGUAUGAUUUUGACUGAUAUAACGAAGAUCGGGCGAAAACAGUCGGCAUGUUCUCGAUACUGCGAUGCUGUGCACUGCCACGUUGUGCAGAAAGAGAAUAAUUUGCAUCAACUGCCGAAAGGGUUGGAGGUUGCACAGAGAUUGAUGGAGCGCCGGAUAGUUAUGCGGCGCGCCAUCCACCGGUUAUUGGCGCCACUAGAAGAUGAACAUCGUUCGCUACAGCAGCAUCUCCGCCAGUUCGCUGGAGAUUGGGGCGACUGCCUUCCCAAGGACCUGUUCGGGGCGGUAGCGGCGCCGCUUCCACCACUGUAUCCGGUCGACGACGACGUCGCACAAAAAAUGGACCGACACUUCUUUGAUUUGGAAAAGGACGCGACGGAGGAAUUUCUCCUCUCCGUCGGUGCCGCAUCCGUUGGGCCCUCAGAGCCCUGCGCAGCACUGGAACGCAGACUGCGGGAAGUGGAAGGAGAGCUGCGGCUAUGCAGAGCGGCGCUGAAGGCCACGUCCCGGGAAAAGAACAAGCUCCAUACAGGAGGUGAACGGCCGAAGUAG